AUGUGGACGUGUAUCACGGACUUCUUCACCUACGAGACCACCAAGUCGGUGGUGGUGAAGAGCUGGACCAUCGGGAUCAUCAACCGCGUCGUACAGCUCCUCAUCAUCACCUACUUCAUCGGGUGGGUGUUUGUGCAUGAGAAGGCGUACCAGAUCAGAGACACGGCUAUAGAGUCGUCAGUCAUGACCAAAGUCAAAGGCUUUGGACUGUACAACAACCGAGUCAUGGACGUAGCUGAGUACGUCACCCCCUCUCAGGGGGCCUCUGUGUUCUGCAUCAUCACCAAACUCAUCACCACAGAGAACCAGGUGCAGGGAUACUGUCCCGAAAGUGAGAUGAAAUACAAGUGUACGCACGACAACAACUGCACUAAGUUCCUCAACAAGCCUGGGGGAAAUGGUCUUCCGACGGGCAGGUGUGUACGUUUCAACGACACCCUUAAUACCUGUGAGAUCAGAGGCUGGUGCCAGGCGGAGAUCGACUACAUCAAGACGCAUCCUAUGAUGGAGGUGGAGAACUUCACCAUCUUCAUCAAGAACAGCAUUCGUUUCCCCCUCUUCAACUUCACCAAGGGUAACUUCCUGCCAACCAUCACCCCUCAGUACAUCAAGGCGUGUAACUUUGACCAUGAGAACAACACCUACUGCCCCAUCUUCAGGGUGGGGGACGUCAUCCGCUAUGCACACCAGAACUUCACCACUCUGGCACAGAAGGGAGGGGUAAUAGGUAUAAAGAUCGGCUGGAUGUGUGACCUGGACCAGUCAGAGGAUGAGUGUAACCCCUCCUACUCCUUCACCCGGCUGGACGCCAUGUCAGAGAAGAACAGUGUCUCCCCUGGGUACAACUUCAGGUAUGCUAAGUACUACAAGAUGGACAACGGGACAGAUUACCGUACUCUGCUUAAGGCCUAUGCCAUCAGGUUUGAUGUGCUGGUCAAUGGAAAUGCAGGGAAGUUUAACAUGAUCCCGACUCUGAUCAACAUGGUAGCUGCCUUCACGUCAGUUGGAGUGGGCACCGUGCUUUGUGACAUCAUACUCUUGAACUUCCUGAAGGGAGCAGAGCAAUACAAGGCCAAGAAGUUUGAGGAGGUGUCAGACACGCAGAUCGAGAACUCCUUAUCCAGCAAUGGGCUGUAUCGGAGUAGGGAGUUCAUUGGAGUAGAGAAGCAGUCAAACGACUCAGGGGCCUUUUCCAUUGGGCAAUACGGCUAA